AACUUAAAAGCCCAGUUUACCGCGGAAAUGAGUUAUGCCUGGUUACACCGAGGAUGAGGCUGACUAGUGGACCACUCCGGCGGCUGGGCUGCGUGCUGGCGCUUAGCUUCCGGGCCCUGAUGCUCCGGGAGAUCUCCGGGGCCUGGGCCCUGGACAACGGCUUGGCCAUGACCCCCACCAUGGGCUGGCUGCACUGGGAGCGCUUCAUGUGCAACACGGACUGCGAGGAAGACCCGGAUUCCUGUGUCAGUGAGAAGCUCUUCAUGCAGAUGGCAGAUAUCAUGGCCUCAGAAGGCUGGAAGGAAGUGGGAUAUGAGUACAUCUGUAUUGAUGACUGUUGGAUGGCUUCCCGAAGAGACUCAAAACAGAGACUUCAGGCAGACCCUAAACGCUUUCCAAGUGGAAUCCGCCAUCUAUCUGAUUAUGUCCAUAGCAAAGGACUGAAGCUAGGAAUUUAUGCAGAUGUUGGGAAAAAAACCUGUGCAGGAUACCCUGGGAGUUUGGGACACUAUAACAUUGAUGCUGAGACCUUUGCCGACUGGGGCGUAGAUCUGCUAAAAUUUGAUGGUUGUUACUGUGACUCUGUGGAAGAGUUGGCAAAUGGUUAUAAGCACAUGUCCUUGGCCCUGAACAAGACUGGCAGAAGCAUUGUGUACUCCUGUGAGUGGCCCCUUUAUAUGUGGCCCUUUCAGAAGCCCAAUUAUACAGAAAUCCGACGAUACUGUAAUCACUGGAGAAAUUUUGGAGACAUUUAUGAUUCUUGGCAAAGUAUAAAGACUAUUUUGGCCUGGACCUCAGCUAACCAGUGGACACUUGUUAGAGCUGCAGGACCUGGGGGUUGGAAUGACCCAGAUAUGUUAGUGAUUGGCAACUUUGGCCUCAGCUGGGAUCAGCAGGUAACGCAGAUGGCCCUCUGGGCGAUCAUGGCAGCUCCAUUACUCAUGUCCAAUGACCUCCGACACAUCAGCUCUCAAGCCAAAACCCUCCUACAGAAUAAGGAUGUAAUUGCCAUCAACCAGGACCCCUUGGGCAAGCAGGGGUACCUUCUGAGAAAGGAAGACAGCAUUGAGGUAUGGGAACGCCCUCUCUCGAAUUUAGCCUGGGCUGUGGCUGUGGUAAACCUGCAGGAGAUUGGUGGACCUCGUUCUUACACCAUCAGUCUUACUUCUCUGGGUCAAGGAAUGGCCUGUAAUCCUGCCUGUCAUAUCACAGAGCUCCUCCCUGUGAAGACAAAGCUUGGGUUUUAUGAAUGGACUUCAUAUGUAAAAACUCGAAUAAAUCCCACAGGCACCGUUUUGCUUCAGCUACAAAUAAGCCAGACUACAUUUUAAAAGCUUCCUUAAAAACUUUUAUUGAUUUUUCUUAGAGGGAUAGAAAAAGAAGCAUCAAAUUGUUCCACUCAAUUAUGCAUUCAUUGGUUGAUUCUGGGCAUGUGCCCCGAUGGGGAUCAAACCCACAACCUUGGCUUACCUGGAUGAUGCUCUAGCCAACUGAGCUCCCUUGCCAGGGCAAAAAAAAAAAAAAAGCUUCCUUAAAAAAUCGUAUUAUUUUAUUUUUUAUUUUUUUUUGCCAAUGACAACCACACCUCUGUCCAUUUCUUCCAUCCUCACUUCACCUAUUCUUUGAUUUACCUGAAUAAAAUUUCACUACAGCCCUGGCCAGUGUGGCUUAGUUGGUCGGUCAUCCUCCCAUGAACUAAAAGGUUGCUGGUUGGAUUCCUGGUCAAGACACAUGCCCAGGUAAAAAUUUCACUACAGAAACCAAUGGUGCAAAAGGCCUACAGUAUGUUUUAUCCAUUCCUUUGCCCGCCAAGUAAUUAAACUUCAAGACUGUCCUGGCCAGUGGCUCAGUUGGUGUAUGGUCCCAUGUACCAAGGUUGCUGUUCAUAUUCUGUAUGGGGUCAGGGCAUAUACAGAAUAUAAACAAUUCAUGUUCUGUCACAUCUCUGUUUCACUCUAGGAUCAGUGAGCAUAUCCUCAGGUGGGGAUUUAAAAAAAAUUGGAAGUCUAACCAUUGUCAGCUGAUAAAAAUUGCAAUGAAAUUGGUGAACCAUGACAGUCAUAAAUUUGGAAGCAGCCCUAGCUAAUUUGGCUCAAUGGAUUGUCAGCCUGGGGACUGAAGGGUCGGGUCCCUGGUUUGAUUCUGGUCAAGGGCACAUGCCUGGAUUGCAGGCUC